AUGACGCUGAGGCACGGGUCGUUUCUGUGGUACCUCUACCUGGACAAGCUCUACUGCUUACUCUCUGUGAGGAACGUGAGGGCCUUGGUGGAGUACUUUCACCUCCUCGAUGUGCACCGCAACAACACCCUGAAUGAUGUGCUGUUCUACCACUUUCUUCAUCAUGUGACUAACUGGAACCGGAGACAGAUCAUGCGUGUGUUUGACAUGCUGGACUGGGAUGCUACGGGCGAGAUUGGUUUUGACCAGUUCUACAUGCUGGUCUGCAUACUGCUGGCAGAGCAGAACCACCUGGAAGAGCAAUUUCUCUUCCGCCACUCCCGGCCUGUGUUUGAGCUGCUCGACCUGGACGGGGAGCUGAGGAUUGGUGCCGAGAACUUCCACAUGUACAACUUCCUCUUCCACAUUAAAGAACAGGAGCUCCGAGACUUCUAUCAUGACUUGGACAUCACAGGUGACCGUCGUCUUAAUUACAAGGAAUUUAAGCUGUUUACUAUCUUCAGCAUGGACAAAUACCAAGAGAGGCAGAAAGCAGAGCUCGACAAAGAGAAGGAGAAAAAGGAAGAGGAAGAGAAGGCUCUGCUCAAGAAAAGGUCACACACAGUUCAUGUGAACCCAGAAGAUGGUCUUCUCAGAAUAUAUGAAUCUGAAAGUAGAGUAUAA